AUGAGGGAUUGGGGGUUCCGUUUAUGGUUGUUGAUCUGCUUCCUACAAACAAUUUCACUCAUAUUAAGUGCAGAAUCUGGUGAUCAAAAUGAAGAUACCGGUAGCGCUGAAAGUGGCCUCAAACAAUCAAAAUCGUCCCUAUCUCCAGCGGCGACUCAGCAUCUAAUCCAACAACCCGAAGAUAAGCCUCAAGAAAUAUACGGUGAUAAAAUACACUCAGAUCAAGUCGACAACGCUUUAUAUAUUUUGCAAAAAUUCGAGAGGCAAAAUCCACGAUUAGUAAGAAAACGCUCCGCACUUGUCGGUGCCAUCGGUCAACACCUAAGAGCCUUAUUACCGCAAGUGAUAAUACAAGGAUCUCAAGAAGGCGCGCUUCAUGAUGGUCCAAAGAUACCAGGACAUCUUGAUGAUGCCGUGAAACUGUUAGAGGAAGCAGCGGAGCUCAAGAAUCCUGAUGCGAUAUACCUUCUCGCGCAGAUGAACUUUUACGGCAACUUUUCACACCCAAGGAAUUACUCCGAAGCAUUCAAAAGAUACCAUCAACUUGCACUUUUACAUGGAAAUAGCUCGGCACAGCACAUGUUAGGAUUUAUGUAUGCUACAGGCAUUGGUGGAGCCCAUCAGCCAGAUCAAGCCAAAUCUCUCCUAUAUCACACGUUCGCUACUUAUGGCGGCAAUAAAAGGUCUGAAAUGUCACUAGCUUUUCGAUACCACGCUGGAAUAGGGGUUGCAGCAGAUUGUAACGUAGCUGUAGAACACUACAGGAAUGUUGCUAGGAAAGGAAUCGAAUGGUUCAGAUCUGGUCCUCCUGGUGGUAUGAUUUGGGUUUCGGACUCUUAUCGGCUCGCGGAUGAAAACGGUGGAGUAUAUGGAGAAGGUGCCAGCUAUUCAAGCUCAGGCGAGAAUAAGAACAAGCAUGGGGUACAUUCAGACGCAUAUGCCGCCCUUGAUGAUGUCUUGGAAUAUCUUGAUCUAAUGUCACGCAAAGGAGACUUCAAAGCUACGUUCAGCUUGGGAAGAAUCCACUAUGAUGGACAGAAAGGUCUUCCUCGUAAUCUGAAGAGUGCCAAAUGGUAUUUUAUGAGGGUAGCAAAACUAUACUGGCAAAGAGAUGGACGAAUCAUAGAGAGCGACAAGCCAGGUCUAGAAAAAGUAGCUACUAAAGCAGCCGGGUAUAUUGGGAGAAUGUUCUUAAGAGGAGAAGGAGUUGAGCAAAGUUAUGAAAAGGCGCAGGUCUGGUUUCUCCGGGGAAUAAAAAGCGGUGACGCGGGCUCUCAAUGGGGAAUGGGCUUAAUGCUACUGGAAGGACUCGGUGUUAACAAAAGCCCUAUCAGAGCUACCGAGUACUUCAAAGCUGCUGCUGAUCAGGACUACGCACCAGCGCAAGUUAGUUUAGGGACUCUCUACUUGGAUCAAGGCACAUCAAAUGAUAUUCAAGUCGCCAGCCGAUAUUUUGAGCUUGCAACAAGAUAUGGACAUAUCGAAGCAUUCUACUUCUUAGCUGAACUUAUGGAGAAAGGAAUUGGACGAGAUAGGAACUGUGGGCUAGCAGCUGCAUACUAUAAGAGUGUUGCCGAGAAGGUGGAGCCUCUUCUCUCCUCUUUCACUGAAGCAAAUUCUGCAUAUGAUAAUGGCCAUGUCGAACUUGCCUUGAUCGACUACUUGCAUGCGGCAGAACAAGGAUGGGAAAAAGCACAAGCUAAUGUUGCGUAUCUUCUCGAUGAACAAAGGUCACUUCUUAAGUUACCAUCAUGGCUCUCAUUUACCACCCCACGGCCUGAAGUAAUGAAAAAUGGAGCCCUAGCACUCACACAUUGGACGAGAUCAGCCAGGCAAUCCAACAUCGACUCUUUAGUAAAAAUGGGAGAUUACUAUUUGAAAGGCAUUGGGACUCCAGCAGAUAUGGAAAAGGCAGCUUCUUGUUAUGCUGCAGCAUGCGAGUAUCACAAGAGUGCCAUGGCUUACUACAAUCUUGCCUGGAUGCACGAAAAUGGCGCAGGGCUUGACCAAGACUUCCACCUAGCAAAGAGAUACUACGAUCUUGCUCUAGAAACGAACGAGGAGGCUUAUCUACCAGUUACUUUGAGUCUCUUGAAGCUGAGGAUUCGAAGUGCUUGGAAUACACUAACUAACGGAAGAAUAAAUUCUAUACAAAAUGAAUCCCCGCCUAUAAAGCAAUGGUCUCUUUCUGAGUGGGUUAGCAAUUUCCUACGCGAUGAGAAGAAAUUUGACAGUCGAAGUUAUGACGAGGACUCUCCCCAAAAAGAUACGAUUCCGAGUGGCGACUCAGAUGGCCUUUACGAUGAUGCAAUUCAGGACGGGAUUUUUGAAAGCCUUAUAAUUCUAAGCCUAUGUGCAGCACUAGUUUUCCUAAUUUGGUAUAGACAACAACGUCAGCAAGCCCAUCAACGUGACCCCGGCGCUGGUGUAGCGGGAGCCCAGUUACCAGGCGCUGUCGCUGCUGUGCAGCAGCAGCGUGGUGUGUUUCCACAACCAGGAGAGCCUGAAUUUGCACAAUGGGUAGCGGGUGGAGUAGGGCAUUAA